UCCCUUCUAAAUUGGCUCGUUUAGAUCCUCAAUUAUUGUAUAUGUUAGCAGCACAACGUAUUUAUGAUCUUUUGGGUGUAAACAAUGAAAAUGUAACUGGAAAUUUAGAUUUAAUUUUGAAUCCAAUUUUUCCCAAUGAAAAUAAUAUUGGAGAGAAUGCUAAUAUUAGUUAUAAAAGAGAAAAAAAGACAUCAAAAGUUCCGAGUACACCGGAAAGUUGUACUCGUGCACGAGCUGUACUAACACCUUGUGAUGGAACGAAUGGUAAUGAAACUCGAAUGCAUUAUAGACAGUUGACUGUUGGUACAUCACCUGAUUGUCAUUUAUGUUUAACAAAUUAUAAUUUAUCUUCAAUAAAUAAUCAACAUUGUUCAUUUAUAUCAUCACAUCAUGCUACUAUAUUCUAUGAUGAUUGGACACAACAUUAUGAAUUAAUUAAUUAUAGUGAAUAUGGU